UGUUUUCAAUAAUUUCAAUAAUCAUAAUUAGUUCGUGAUCUUAUUUGUCUUUAUUAUAUUUCUCUCAAUCGAAAUGUUUUUAACCGAUUAUUUUGUCUUUUCUCAACCCUUAUACAGCAUAGCAAGUGGACUCAUAUUUUUAUUUGUGUUCAAUUUUCUUGUGACAACAGUCAAGAGAUUAUUCUUAUUACCACCUGGACCAUGGGGACUUCCAAUCGUUGGUUAUUAUCCAUUCCUGAAAGACGAAAGUUACCUUGCGUUUGAUUCUUUAUCCAAAAAGUAUGGACCAGUUUAUUGUUUAAAGUUGGGACUGCAUGAUGUUGUUGUCAUUUGUGAUUGGGAUCACCUUAAGUUAGCGUUUGCUGAUGAGUCUCUACUUGCUCGACCUUAUGAGACUUUCUUCGAAGGACUGAUCAACGAGCCGUCUUUCAUUGAAAUGUCUGGUGAACCUUGGCGUGCUCAUAGACGCUUAUCCUUACAAGUACUUCGUAAUGUUGGCUUUGGUACAAGUAAAAUGGAAGAUGCUGUAAGUACAGAGAUUCAACAGUUUUUACCAACAAUUGGAAAGAGCAAAGUGGAUUUUAUCGCGAAAAUAUUACCCAGCGUAUCAAACAACAUAUCACUUUUACUUUUUGGUCAUCGUUUUGAUUAUUCGGAUGCAUUUAAAGUUGAACUGGACGAUAAUAUGGAAAGAGUUAAUCAAGCUGUCCAGUUUGCCGGUUUGACUGCGUUUUUCCCCUGGUUAGCCAGGAUAUUUGCUAUUUUUAAAUUGUCUGGAAUGGACAUAAUUGAUAAAUGUAUGAAUGCUGCAGAAGAUUUGAUACAAAAAGAGAUUGAUAGACACCAAGUUAAAACAGAUAUGAAUGAAAUUGAGGAUUACAUCGAUGGCUAUUUGGUGGAACAAAAAAAUCGUCAUAAUAAAGAUGAAAAUGAUGAAGUAUUCAAUAAUAAAGUUUUACUACGAAAUGUGACUGAAUUUUUCGCUGCUGGGUCUGAGACUGUUACCAGUACACUAUCAUGGGCCAUGAUGUAUUUAAUUUAUAAGCCUGAGUACCAAGACAAGAUAAGAACUGAAAUAUCCGAUGUUAUUGGAUUCGACCGAGAACCCUUGUAUGUUGAUAGGAAUCGAAUGCCUUUCACAAUGGCCUUUCUCUACGAAGCACAACGAAUUGGGUCCGUUAUUGCUGUAAAUUUACUUCGUCGAGCCGCAAGAGACACAAAGAUUGGUGAAUACAAUAUUCCUCAAGAUACUGUUGUAAUCUUCAAUUUAUGGAGCAUUCAUCGAGAUCCAAAACUAUGGCCUGAACCAGAAAAGUUUGAUCCCAACCGAUUUCUGUCUGAAGAUGGAAGCAAAGCUAUUAAGCCACCUUACUUGGUCCCCUUUAGUGGAGGUAAAAGGAUCUGUCUCGGUGAAGGCUUAGCUAAUGUCGAAUUAUUCUUGUACCUUGUGAAUAUUUUACAAAAAUAUCGAGUUCGAUGUGAUCCAGAUGUAAAGUUGUCUUUUGAAUCAGUAUUUGGAGUCGCAAGGCGACCAAAACACUUACCUCUUCUUACUUUCGAGAAAAUUGCUUCACAAAAUUGACAACUUUUACCAGCUGUCAAAAAGUUGCUGAAAACCUAUGAAACGUUUCUAAAUUUGCAGCUGUUUCGUGCCCAGUCCUUCCGACCACCCUAAGUAAAAGCCAAGAACUAACAGUCUUUGAAAAAGCAAUCCUAAAUUGCAUUAUAAUGAAUCCAUCGAUUUUUCAUUUAUAUCUUGCUGUUCCAUAAUCAAUUUGAUUAUGAUAUCAAUUUAACUAUCCAAUAAAGUUAUAAGUGUAUCUUGACUAAACAGA